AUGAAGAAAAUCAAUAGAAGGUUCGUUGAACAUGGAUGGGUACUACCGAAUCAACGGUUACAGAUUUUCAAAGAUUCACUCGAAAAGAUCUUGACCGAUUGCCACGAUAGACACCCUCCUUCAGAAGAAUUAAAACAAUUAAACACCUUAAGAAAUAAAAUCGAUGAAACAAAAACAAUCAUAAGAAAAACAGAUAAAUCCAAAGUUUUCCAUCUAGGAAAACUGGAUGAUUAUAAGGAGAAAGCUCGAGCAUAUAUGAAUCAGACUCAAGCAUAUCAAGAUUUGGGUACAAGCAACCCACUUGAAUCUCUAGUCAAUAAAACAAACGAUUUCUUAUAUGGUUUAUGGAGAAAUAAACAUAUUACACAGAAGCAAUAUGAAAGACUAAAGGUAGAAAAAGAACAGACUGAAAUAGCUCACCUGUACUUCCUGCCAAAAGCUCAUAAACCUAAGACACCAUUAAGACCAAUAAUGGCAGGUUUGAAAUCGCCUACUAUAGCCAUAUCAAGAUGGUUAGACGGUCUAUUAAGACCUCUAUUUAAUCGAUUAGCAAACGAGACAACCAUUCUCAAUGGUAGUCAACUCGUUAAACAAAUCGAACAAUGGUCAGCUAAAUAUCUGACAUCCACCACAUCAUUUAUAACAAUGGAUGUGACUGACUUAUAUACAAUGAUUCCUCAAGAAGGCGGAAUCAAAGCCAUAAGAAAACUGAUGGAAACAUCAAAUAUAAAACAAAUCGAUGGCGUUAAAAAAGAGAUUAUAUUAGCUCUUGCCAGAUUUGUUAUGACCAACAAUUACUUUUACUUAGAUGGCUUAUAUUAUAAACAGAUAAGAGGAGGAGCGAUGGGUUCUCCACUCACUCUCACAAUAGCAAAUGCAUACAUGUACUUUGUAGAACGGCCAAUAUCGAAAUGGGCCAUUAGAACAAACUCACUAUACUACAGAUAUAUUGAUGAUCUAUUCAUCAUGUCUAAUGUAGAUGUUGAUACACUUAAAGGUCUUGUGAACCAUUGGAAUAAGCUUGAUAUUAAUAUUAAUUUAUCAGCAUCCAUCGGACACACAGCUGAAUACCUAGACCUAAAAAUAGAAAAUAGAGGAGGUUCUUUGAUAUCUGAGGUUUUUCAUAAGGCAUCACAUGAACCAUAUUUUCUCCCGUUCACAAGCGUACACGCAAAACAUAUAAAGAAGAAUAUUCCUUAUGCAGCUCUUGUAAGAGCAAUAAGAUACUCUUCAAGUUUCGACGCUUUCAAACGUGAAGAAGCACACAUAAUUGUGUCUCUAUUACUCAACAAAUAUCCAAAAGAUUUUAUUCUUGAUCAACUCAAAAGAGUUCCACAAUCCUUUCGAUGCGUAGUACCUACAAGAAGGAACUACUCCGAUAUAAGGAAAACCUUUCUUGAAAACUCCAGCAAAGAAUCCAAGAAGGCUAGAAUAGAUUUUGAAGCAACAAUUUUUUGUCACUUCUCCUUUUGCAAAGGAAUGAAAGAUUUUUCGACCCUUUUUCAUAAAUUAUGGGACGAUUGUUUUUCAGAUACAGCCAUCACUAACAUAACGCCAAUUGUCGGUUCUAAAAGACUGCAUAAUCUACAUGAUUACUUAGUUAAAAAGAAACCAGAUCGUCUUAUGUUAACAGUGCAAAAACAGUGCCCAACAACAACACCAACAACCACGGACAUCUCCAACGGAAACGACCACAAAAUUCUCAAUAAUCCUUCUGGUGAAAUUGUACCUGUGGGGACAACAAGUUGGCACCAUUGA